GCAAAAGGGAAUAUAACUAAGUGGCGAAACUCAAGACUAACAAAAGUAGAAGAAAGAAGAAGAACACGCGAGAAAGUCCAGAUCUUUUCCGCAUCUAUCUAACAUCUUUUACUUAUCAGAGGGAGGGGAGCUUUCGUAUGAUUGCGUCUUCGUCUCUUAAUUUAACGUUUGUAGCCGUUCGAUAAUAACCUCUCAAUCCGAUCUAGAUUCCGAUCGUGUUGUGGGAGUGUUGGAAUCAGAGAGAUCGUCGUUUCAUCCUAGUAAUUAAGGAGAAGACAAGUGUAGAUAACACUUUAAAUGCAUAGGAAUCGAAGUUAAAUGCAUUCUUAAGCCCCACCUACCUUAAGAGCAGAUCUCGAUUCUUCUUUUUUUUUUUUUUCUCCAUUUCCGACACAGAAUCAAGCUCUCAUAUGAUUACUCUGUUGUGGUAGAAUUUAUCGAGAACAACAAACAACAAGGUUUGUAUUAUUUGUUUCACAAGUGAUGGUCGCAUAACUCCUCUCCUCCCCCAUGCAUGUUGAUGUCCUCUCUAUCCGCUUUGCAAUCUUUCCCUUUUGAUCGAGAUAUGUCAGGAGUUGAAGAAAACGGAGCCCUUGACGAAAUCAGGGAGAGGAGAUCAGACUUUGAAAUCUCUGAAGAAGAUGAAAGACGCCGCUCAAAGAUCGGGAGUUUGAAGAAGAAGGCCAUUCACGCUUCAACCAAGUUCACUCAUUCUCUGAAGAAAAGGGGAAAAAAGAAGAUUGACUACCGGUUUCCUCCUGUAGUCUCUAUUGAAGAUGUAAGGGAUGAGAAAGAAGAGAGCGUUGUGCUUGAGUUCCGCCGUAACCUGCUCGAGAGACACUUGUUACCUCCUAGACAUGAUGAGUACCAUACUCUUCUCAGAUUUUUGAAAGCAAGAGAUUUCAACAUUGAAAAAACCAUCCAGAUGUGGGAUGAAAUGCUUAGAUGGAGAAAAGAGUAUGGUACAGAUACCAUACUAGAGGAUUUUGAAUUCCAAGAGCUGGAAGAAGUCCUGCAGUACUAUCCUCAAGGCUAUCAUGGAGUUGACAAGGAAGGACGACCUGUCUACAUUGAAAGGCUUGGAAAAGCUCAUCCUUCUAAGCUUAUGCGUAUCACCACCAUUGACAGAUAUCUAAAAUACCAUGUGCAAGAGUUUGAGAGAGCUCUCCUUGAGAAAUUCCCUGCGUGCUCCAUCGCAGCAAAGCGUCGUAUCUGUUCCACGACUACAAUACUCGAUGUGCAAGGACUGGGCAUGAAGAAUUUUUCACAAACAGCUGUGAAUCUUGUGGCUGCCAUGUCGAAGAUAGACAACAGCUACUACCCUGAGACUUUGCACAGAAUGUUCAUUGUAAAUGCUGGAACAGGUUUCAAGAAGAUGCUUUGGCCUGCUGCUCAGAAGUUUCUUGACGCAAAGACCAUUGCAAAGAUACAUGUGCUAGACUCCAGAUCUUUAUCCAAAUUACACGAAGUCAUUGAUUCAAGUCAAUUGCCAGACUUCCUCGGAGGUUCAUGCUCUUGCUUUGGCGAGGGAGGGUGUCUUCGCUCUAACAAAGGGCCCUGGAAUGAUCCUGAAAUAAUGAAGCUACUCUACCAUGGAGAAUCAUCACUCUUUAGGCAAAUUAGUAGGAAGCUGAGUGACCCGCAGAAUUCUUCUUCAUCCUACAUAAGUAUACAUCCAUCAAAGGCCAUGCAAGCUGAGAGUUCAGCAGCAGAAUCUGAAUCAUGUUCUGAUGUUCCUGCUUCUCUAACUGGAAGAAUGUGCUCAGCCUCUGCUCAUGUGAAUCCAGUUUAUGAGGAUCAGGCUAGGGCAUCAGAUGUUAACGGCUAUUAUAGUUGCGAUGACAAGUUUGACAUACCUAACAUAGCUACAAACCGAAAAGGUCAAGAAAGGCAAUCCCAUUACCAAAUGAUCGAACUCAAUCAAGCAGCACUCGGUUUAAAACGUGAAACAUCUCCACCAGGUACUUCCAUCAUUAUCCGAUGGCUUCAUGAUUUAAGGGGAACAAUGGACAUCAUAAGAACUGAGAACGUAGCGAAAAGAAUACUUGCGUUGUUGCUGAAACUAGCAGCAGUUUUUCGUUGUAUCCCGUUUCAGAUUUUGAGGAGGAAGAAUACCAUUACUCCUUCAAUUCCAACAGAAGAUGAGAACAGUAGCAGACUCAUCUCAGCUCCUACAGAGACCACAAUGAAAGACAAGAUUCGUCCCUGUUUGGAACGUAUUCAGGAACUGGAGAAAGUGUACGAGGAAAUGCGGAACAAACCGGUUGAGAUUCCGGUAGAGAAGGAGAGAAUGCUGAUGGAUUCUCUAGACAGAAUCAAAUCGGUUGAAUUUGAUCUUGUGAAAACAAAGCGGGUUUUGCAUGCAACGGUGGUGAAACAGAUGGAAAUAACUGAAAUGCUGGAAAGUUUACGAGACUCACAGCUUCACAGAAGAAGAUUGUUCUGUUAGAGAAACCAUAAGAGAACAUCUUCUGCUGAGUUUUUGCAUAAAUACAACUCCAAACGUCUGCACAUACAGAGAGAAAUAACAGAUUUCCUAAAGAACAAACAUGUUAGUUUCUUCUUGAUCUUCUUCUUCCUCCUCUAACUUGGGCCACACGCCAUUUUGUUUAUUUUCUCAUAGUUCCAUCUGCUUCCACUUCUUUAAGUUAAAAAGAAGGAGAAGAAGAAGAAGACAGGGACAGAGAAAAUCUUUGAUGGUUUAGAGUGUAGAUUUGAGAUAAGAGAUGCGAGUAUAAAAGCUGAUUUCAAAGCCUUUUGUUGUAAUCAGUGUAGAGAAGAAACUAGACUAGAAUAACAAAAACAGUGUGAGAUCUUGUUUAAGGUUAUGAUAAUUAAAAACACUACAAAUGUCUCUUUAUUUGUUUGAUAACAUGAAAGCAAGAAGAAACGAGUUUGUGAA